AUGGCGACUACGCAGAAACAGAGGACACCGGUGGAUGCGGAACGAUGCAAGAAACACGAUGGUGUGGGAGGUGUCGUAAACGGAUGGUCGAAUCGACGAAACAAUGAAUAUUUUAAUAUACAAUUUCAUAGAAAUUAUACUCCAUAUGGAAUAGAUUUUGGUGGAAAAUCCACCGGCCGUUACACUAAUGGCAGGACAGUAAUAGAUUUCAUUGCUCAAAUUGUUGGCUUGCCGUUUCCUCCUCCAGUGCAAAGUUUUUUCAAGGGAAAGAAGAAUAUUCCUCAAACUGGUAUAAAUUAUGCUUGUGGUUUCACUGGCCUCCUUGAAUUAUCAUAUCCACCUCCCGUAAGUUUCAAAACAUAUUGUUCUUCUUUCGUUGGUUCACUUGACUUGGGUCACAAGUGGCUCGGAUGGGUCCGUUUAUAUGAUGCAGACUCUGCUACAAAACUUCAAAUAGAAAACCUAUCCACGUAUUUACAGACAUUAUAUCGACUCGGUGCACGUAAAUUUGUGAUCAAUAAUUUAGCUCCAAUAGGAUGUGAACCAGAUCAAAUUUUUGAUGGUAAAUGUUGGGACGAAGCUAAUGACAGGGCAUUGUUAUUUAACAAGCGCCUAUCUAAUCUAUUGAGAGACUUGCAAUCAACACUUUCAAGAUCAAAAUUUGUUAUCGUAGAUUUAUAUAAGAUUUUCAAAGAUGUUUAUGCAUCGCCUACAUCCUAUGUUUACAGUUGUUCGCAGCCUUCUUGCAUUUUUGCUUUAAACAAUUCCGUAUCCAAAAUUCCAGCAAUAUAUGCUUUUGGUGACUCUUAUAUAGAUUCUGGAAACAACAAAUUUAUUGAUGGUGCAGCAGCCACAUUCAACUACUUGCCGUACGGGAUUGAUUUCCAAGGAGGUCGACCAACUGGCCGGACAACGAACGGCAGAACCGUUGUUGAUUUCAUCGGUAAGGAUCAAAAUUACUGCUCAUUAUCAUUUCUUAAGCUUGCUGCCAUAAUUUCCUUGCCGACCUGUUUCUUGAAGUUAGUUUAA